AUGAAAGAGGAACUACAGAUUGAGCUUCUCAGAGUCACUGUUUCUGAAAUCAAGCUCUUUCUGAGUUCCUCUCUGAAUGACCACACAGGGUCAUACAUCACUGUAUUGGCUGGGGGAGAGGGCGGCAUCACAACAGCGGUGGGGAGGGCAGGAGAUGAACCAGACACAGAUGAACCAACUGACAGAAGAAAUGACACCUCACUGCAAGGCAUGGUGACUAUCACUGCAGCUGUAAAAGAAGCAGAAGAAGAAGAAGAUGUAACAAUGAGAGCAGUGCUCUCACAGCUCAUUGAUGCUGCUGUCUCUGCCUUCAAUCUGGCUUUCUUAACAGUCAUGAAGACUGUCACUGCAUCAUGA